CAAUAAAGGAACAACGCAACAAGGUGGUCAAAAAGUCGCAGGCGCUUCAAACUCCCACUAGAAACAUCACCGUGCUGCGCUGUCUUGCCGUGCUGUGACUGUAUAAAUUUCAAGACUCCUCUUCUGUUUUCUUGGUCACCACGGUCCUCUGUUUGUCCGCCCGCUGUUCCUGAGCCGUGUUCAACCAUCCUAAGCCAGCCCAACGUCUCCACCGCUGGUUGCAUGUCUUCUUGAACCACAAUCUAAUCCUCCUCGGCCACGAAUCUGAACUAAAACUGCGCCCUCCACCCUCAGCCUCCCUCAAUUCCAUGAGAGCUCCGAACGAAGUCAACCAAGGUCACCAUGGCUUCUUGUUGAGCCUCUGACUGACUCUGACCAUGCGUCGACUUCUAGCACGGAUCUCUCAGUCACCGCCGAUUGCGCUUACGAAACUCACCAUUUACUGUUGCCCUCGACCGUGCUGGCAAUCACCUGAACUUCGAUCUGCCUUUUCCUAUCCUGCCUUUUGAACGGCCCUCAACUGAUGAGUGAGACUGCUCUCGACAACUGAGUCCACUUUCUUAUGCUCUAGAAGCACCUUCUGGCCUUGUGUCAUCCGGGACGCGGUCUACCCUCGCACAAGUUGGAUCGUUGGCAGGCUGAGAUAGUGCCCCUCGCAAGAGUGGCUGGAAGACAAAGCAGCCAUGUCUCUGAACAACACACCAGCGACGCAAUCGCAACCCUACGAACACAAUGGUGAAGUUGAUGUUCCGAUGGAAGAUGCCGAUCCCUACAAUCGAGCGAAAUAUCCUCCGCGUCCUGCACAUCAACACAGGCUUUCAGCCCAAUUCCUCCCUGAAAUCUCCUCUGCUGCGCAGAGAUAUUCUCCUAUGAAUGUUCAACCUACGGGAGCCGCAUACCCUGCGAGCCCGAAAAUGCCAAAUCCUGGCAACUUCUCCUAUCUUGGCCAGCCACAAUCAUCACGACAGUCACCGACACGCCAAAGCAGCUACAACUCGGACCGCUACCCUGAACCUCCAACCCCUACGAGAUACCCCUCCAACUACGCGUCUGCGCUACAAAAUGCUGAGCUGAGCCCCGAGUCGUACUAUCCUCUGUCUACUGGUGCGACGAGACCUGCCCCGCCAUCGAGGCAACCCUCUCAAGGACCUGGGCCGGUUCCUAGGUUUAAAAAGGUCAAGACUAUGCAGGACUUCACACCGAGAGUCAAUACGCAGCCUCUUUAUCGCAGGGCAAAUCCAGAAGGUGGCUUCAUCAGCCCGCUACAAGCUCUCACUACAUAUCUGCCAGCCACCUACAGGAUAUGUAAUCCUAGCUUCAAAUACGAGUCAUCAAGAAAUCCUAGGCGGGUGCUAACCAAGCCUAGCAAGGGAACCAAGAACGAUGGCUACGAUAACGACGACAGCGAUUACAUUCUCUACGUUAACGACAUUCUCGGUAGUGAAGAAGCAGGCCACAAGAACCGCUACCUGAUCCUUGAUGUGCUGGGACAGGGUACCUUUGGGCAGGUCGUCAAGUGCCAGAAUCUGAGGACCCAAGAAGUGGUCGCGGUAAAAGUUAUCAAAAAUCGCACGGCUUACUUCAAUCAGAGUAUGAUGGAAGUAUCAGUCCUGGAUCUGCUGAACCAGAAACUGGACAAGAAUGAUGAUCAUCACCUCUUGAGGCUGAAAGACACAUUCAUCCAUCGACAACAUCUGUGUCUUGUCUUUGAACUGCUCAGUGUCAAUCUGUACGAGCUUAUCAAACAGAACCAAUUCCGAGGCCUCAGUACAACCCUCGUCCGUGUUUUCGCUCAACAAUUGCUGAACGGACUCACCCUGCUGAACAAAGCGCGUCUGAUACAUUGCGAUCUCAAACCGGAAAACAUCCUGUUGAAGAAUCUCGAAAGUCCGAUCAUCAAGAUCAUUGACUUCGGUUCAGCUUGCGAUGAAAGACAAACCGUUUACACUUAUAUCCAGUCCCGGUUCUAUCGUUCCCCGGAAGUGCUCCUGGGCCUGCCGUACUCUUGUGCCAUUGACAUGUGGUCACUCGGCUGUAUCGUGGUGGAAUUGUUUUUGGGGCUUCCGCUCUUUCCGGGUUCGUCUGAAUACAACCAAGUCUCCAGAAUUGUCGAAAUGCUGGGUAUGCCGCCAACAUGGAUGCUGGAGAUGGGGAAGCAGUCUGGCGAGUUCUUUGAGAAAACUGCAGACGAAUUUGGCCGUCGAACAUAUCGACUGAAAAGUAUGGAACAGUACUCCCGCGAGCACAAUGUCAAAGAGCAACCGAGUAAAAAGUAUUUCCAAGCGACUACUUUGCCCGAGAUCAUUCGCAGCUAUUCGAUGCCUAGGAAGAAUAUGAAGCCUGCUGAGAUUGAGAGAGAAAUGAACAAUCGGGUUGCUUUCAUUGAUUUUGUUCGGGGUUUACUGACAACCAAUCCUCUCGAACGAUGGUCGCCCCAACAAGCGAAGAUGCAUCCAUUUAUUACGCAGCAGAAGUUCACGCAGCCUUUUGUACCUCCAAUGAACCUGAAAUCUCCCGCAAGCAAACCCAUUUCUCCGGGAGUGCAGCAACAGCAGCAAGCUGAAGCUCUGAGCAAACAAAGAGCUGCUCAAGCUGCGCAGGCUCAAGCUCAAGCCCAGGCCGCCCAGGCCCAAGUUCAGGCCCAAACAGCCGCCCAGAAUGCAUACGCCAUGCAAAUGAGCCCCUACCCUCCGUCACAAGCGCCGCCAAUGUACAACACCAUGUAUCCUGCACACCAACAAGCUGCUCCCCCACCGUAUCCGACUCACUCUGCGAACUAUGCACCACAAAUGGGCAUGAUGCCACAACAGACUCCUCAGAUUAACCCGAGCCAUUACAAUCACCAGCAAAGCUUGUAUGCACAGGCUACACAGAGAGCUGGAAGGCAACGAGCGUCAACUAUGGACCAGCAACAAGCUGGAAUUCCACCGACGAUCCAGAGGGUAGCGAGUCAUUUGGAUCCUAACCAGCCCAUCAGACUUCAACCCAGCCCUGCUUAUUACCCACCGCCAGCGGACGGUUACGUUGAUUCUCCAUCGACUGCUCGAAGACGUGGCAGCCGUAAUCAAAGGAAUCGCGACUUUAUCCGCACUUUGGAAGAUGGCGCAAUGAAUCAGUGGCAUUGAAAAGCCAAGCAACAAAGUUCUGCGAACGCGCGCGUCCUACUAAAGCCAGAACAUGCCAAAGCAAACUCAACCUUCAAAGCGGUUUUAACAUAAUAACAGGGUGGCAAAUGGAGGACUCGAUCACCCAUUAGAGGCUAGCAUAGCCUAUGAGACUUCCAUGACCAUUCUCGGUGGGCAUAGGAUUUAGAAGCAUAACGAUGCUCCAGUGAUCGCGCGCAGCGAUCUAUGUGAGAUCUACGUUAUAAAACGAGCUACGAAGGAGGUUUACGCUGAUGGAGGAUUGGGCUAUUCAUGAAUUUGGGAUUUCGGGCCCUCAUGAUUCUUCAAGCAAAGCCAAAUUGGUGCACUGUACUGCAUUGGUGACCAGAAGAUGGUCAGAGACAUUCAUGAUGUGUACAGACGUCUGAACCUCGUAGGAAUCGAGCAGGUGUUCAAGUUCGACAUGGCAUUUGAAGAAUCUGGGCCCUUGUAUGACUACUAACAUCUUGUGUUUGUUAAGCAAUAACAUCAAGCGCUGCGUCUCUACCUCCGUAGGUGAUUACGUAAAGAGUGAUGGUUUGCAAAGGAGAUAUAGACCCUGGCAUGACUUCGUACUCCCAUUGAAUAUCACAUUGGUAAGAUAUCGCAAUAUUUGAUUCUGG